AAGUACGUCUUCCAAAUGACGGCUAGUUUACUAAAAAUACAUAAUCAAUGCCCUGCUGUUGACUUGCUGAACAUUCAAGAAGAAGAAGAAUAUACCUUAAAUAUUUUAUUGAAUACUGAGUGGUAUUUAAAAGAAGAAUUUUGGAUAUUAUUUUAUUCUUCUUCAAUUUGGAAAAAAGGACGAAACUUGAUAACAACUUUAAUGGAUUUGAUGGUAGAAGAAAAUGUUAGUUCGCUAGGAACAGCUGCAGACGCACAACACCAAACGCCGACUACCAUGACGAAUGUAAUUGCAUCAACGCCUACUAGUAAUGAUAGUCGACUAACUCCAAACAAUGGCUGCAGAAGUGCUGCCACAUCGGAAUCGUCUUCAUCGGUUAUUACACCGUCAGGUAUAGCUGACGAUACCUUACUUGUCGAAAUAUCGGAUGCCUUAAGUGAAAAAGAUAAAGUUAAAUUUACGGUACAUACACGUACGACAUUACCAGGGUUCGCCAAAUCAGACAAUAAUGUCGUGCGCCAGCACGAAGAGUUUGUAUGGUUACACGAUCGGUUUGAGGAAAAUGAAGAUUAUGGCGGUUAUAUUAUACCACCUUGUCCCCCAAGGCCAGAUUUUGAUGUAUCUCGCGAAAAGUUACAACGUCUGGGUGAAGGUGAAGGCAAUAUGACCAAAGAAGAAUUCAAAAAGAUGAAAUCGGAAUUAGAGGCGGAGUAUUUAGCCACUUUUAAAAAAACCGUUGCUAUGCAUGAAGUGUUUUUGCGACGUCUAGCAAAUCAUCCCGUCUUUCGUGUAGAUCCUCACCUCAAAGUCUUUUUGGAGUACGAUCAAGAUUUGUGCGCUAAACCGCGAAAAAAGACUGCUAUAUUCGGCGGUUUAGUCAAAUCGAUUGGCAAGACUACCGAUGAAAUAAUAUUCGGCGUAACGGUGCGCGACGUUAAUGAUUUCUUUGAAAACGAAUUGCAGUUUCUCACCGAGUAUCAUGGUCAUUUGCGAGAGGCGGCCUUGCGGACAGAAAGAAUGACGCAAAGACAUAAAGAAAUUGGUGAAUGUCAUCAGAAACUUUCGAACGCUCUGGCGCAGCUGUCUACAACAGAAAAGGGUUUAAUGGAAACCUUUUGUGCUAAAACUGCUGAAAUUUUUGAAAAAGUCAAAAAUCUUGAAGUACGAGUUGCUAGCGAUCAAGACCUUAAACUUGGCGACACUUUACGUUAUUAUCAACGUGAUAGCGAAGCAGCGAAGGCAUUGCUGAUAAGACGUUUGCGCUGUCUUGCUGCGUACGAAGCCACUAAUCGAAAUUUGGAAAAAGUUCGUGCUAAAAAUAAGGAUAUCCACGCGCCUUUGGAAGUACAAGAGGCAGAGGCUGCUCAAGCAGAAGCGUGUGAAAAAUUUGAAGCCAUGUCCGCUUGUGGCAAAGAAGAAUUGGUUGGUUUUCGGAAUCGUCGUGUCCAAGCUUUUCAGAAAAGUUUUGUAGAAUUGGCCGAUUUAGAAAUAAAACAUGCCAAAAGCCAAUAUGAAUAUUUACGCCAAUCUUUGCUCGUCUUGAAGGAAAUCGUUUAAUAGUCAUCGUAAUAUUUUGAUAUGUUUUUAUUUGACAUAUACUUCGACAUUUUCAACAAAAACAAUAUUUUCUUAAGCAAUUAUCAUCUUUAUAAAAAUUUAUCCAAAUCAUUCCACCUAUAUUAGAAUAAAACAUUGCAUUUUUGUUCUAUUAUAAUAGUAAUAAAUAAUACGUAUAUUAUGUAAACCAUAGCUCUGGUUUUAUAGUUUGGAUAACUAACUGUAGCACGUAUUUCAAAACGUGGUGACAGCAAAUUAAUUAAAUGCUUAGGAAAAAUCGCCACAUCGGCUGGCAAACACAAUUUCUCUACAUAAUGCUUAACCAAUUUGAUCAUAUGGGGGCAUUUAUAUUUUCGAAUACCAAUAUUUUUGGAAAGCACGCUUAUUUGAUGUCUUAAGUUCUGAAAAGAAAUAAAAUCAUGAAUGAUAGACAGGCAGUCAGUUCGAAAAACAUAGUUAGAAGAAAGAAGAAAUUCCAUUCCUACAUUCUCUCUUACAACAUUCUUAAAGAAGCAUAUGAAACAAAAACAAAAAAAAAAAA